GCCCUGUCCCGUUGUCACUGAUAUAUUGCUCAGCUGAGCUAUAAAGAGGAGCAUCCAAACUAGUCUUAAACAUACUUCAUAGAACUGUGUUCAUAUCUGCAGAGGCCAGAAAUCCAGAAGAAUCCAGCACUCCUGCCUUGUCCAAUCAGGAAGGGUGGACCACAGACUGCUGGACUUCCCACUCCUAUUGUCCUGAAGGAUCACAGAGAAGCCUAUCUUUAAGGUUUACACAGGGUCAGCUGGACAUGGAAGGUGCCCUGACUGCCAGGGACCGAGUUGGAAUCCAGGAUUUUGUCCUUUUGGAUGAAACCACAGAGACAGCCUUCCUCAGCAACCUCAAGAAACGCUUCUGCAAAGAUCUCAUCUAUACCUACAUUGGCACAUUGUUAGUGUCUGUCAAUCCCUACAAACAGCUGGAUAUCUACAAUAAGAAACAGAUGGCUAUCUACAUGGGUGUCAACUUUUUUGAACUUCCACCACACAUCUACGCCUUGGCAGACAAUGCCUACCACACCAUGUUGACAGAGUUUAACAAUCACUUCAUCCUCAUCUCUGGUGAGAGUGGAGCAGGGAAGACUGAGGCCUCCAAGAAGAUUUUGCAGUAUUAUGCUGUCAGCUGUCCAAGCACCACUCUGCUGAACACUGUCAGGGACAAAAUGCUCAUGUCCAACCCUGUACUAGAGGCUUUCGGGAAUGCAAAAACAUUAAAAAAUGACAACUCAAGUCGGUUUGGGAAGUACAUGGAUAUUCAGUUUGACAGCCAGGGAGACGCUGUGGGAGGUCAUAUCCUGAACUACCUGCUGGAGAAGUCGAGGGUUGUGCAUCAGAAUCAUGGGGAGAGAAACUUCCACAUCUUCUACCAGUUAGUGGAAGGAGGAGAGGACAACCUGCUGCAGCAAAUGGGUCUGGAGAGAGGCUACCAGCAUUACAGCUAUCUAACACAAGGACAGUGCGCCACUGUGUCUUCCAUUAAUGACAAAAAUGACUGGAAAUCUGUCAAAAAUGCACUGCAAGUCAUCGACAUUGAUGAGAUUACCUCUAAUCACUUGUUUGGAAUCAUUGCAAUCGUCCUCCAUUUGGGGAACAUUCACUUUGACUCUGACAAUAAAGGCCAUGCCCUCCUGAACAACAACGCGGAGCUACACUGGGUCUCAAAUCUACUAGGGGUAGAUGCUUACACUCUUCAAGAGGGACUGACAUUCAAGAAGAUUGACGCCCAUAAAGAUCAGGUCCUCAGCCCGUUCACACUUGAUCAUGCCGUCUACGUCAGAGAUGCCCUGGCCAAAGCCAUGUACGGACAGACCUUCACCUGGCUGGUCAACAAGAUCAAUGAUUCCAUGGAGAACAAGGACUCUUCCAGGAAGACUGUGAUAGGGCUUUUGGAUAUAUAUGGAUUUGAGGUUUUCUAUGUAAACAGUUUUGAGCAGUUCUGUAUAAACUACUGCAAUGAGAAGCUGCAGCAGCUUUUUAUCCAGUUGACACUCCAGGCUGAGCAGGAAGAAUAUGAAGCAGAGAAUAUUGAGUGGGAGCCAGUACAGUUCUUCAAUAACAAGAUCAUCUGUGAUCUGGUUGAGGAAAGACACACAGGAAUCAUUUCCAUACUGGAUGAGGAGUGUCUCAGACCAGGAGAUGCCACAGACCUCACCUUCCUGGAGAGACUGCAAGAAAAGAUGGGAAGUCACCCUCACUUUGUCACGCACAAGCUGGCUGACAAAAUGACACGUAAGACUCUGGAGAGGGGAGAUUUCCGUCUCUUGCAUUAUGCUGGGGAGGUCACCUACUGUGUUGUGGGUUUUCUGGACAAAAAUAAUGACCUGUUAUACAGAAACAUAAAAGAUCUGAUGUGUCAGUCUAAAAAUGCCAUAGUCAAAGAGUGCUUUUCCACGAUGGAUCCAGACAACAGGCGAAGACCAGAGACAGUGGCGACCCAGUUUAAGAGCAGCCUGCUGAAGUUGACAGAGAUCCUCAUGGCUAAAGAGGCCUGGUACAUACGCUGCCUAAAAUCUAAUGAGUCCAAGCAACCAGGUCAGUUUGACGAAGCACUGAUCAGGCACCAGGUGAAGUACCUGGGUCUGAUGGAGCACCUCAGAGUCAGACGAACUGGUUUUGCUUACAGACGCAAAUAUGAAGACUUCUUAAAGAGAUAUAAACCACUGUGUCCUGCCACAUGGCCUCACUGGAGAGGAGACCCUGCUGAUGGAGUGGAAUUGCUAGCUCAACAUCUGGGAUACUUGCCAUUUGAGUACAAAAUGGGACGUACCAAAAUAUUCAUCCGUCACCCAAGAACACUUUAUGCCACAGAGGAUGCUUAUGAAAAAUGUAAACAUGAACUGGCAACAAAGCUACAGGCCAAAUACAAAGGAUACAGGACAAAGGGGGAAUUCAAGAAACAAAAAGAAGCAGCCACUAAGAUUGAAACAUGUUGGAGAGGAGCGCAGGCUAGGAAGGAGAGGGAGAAGAGAGAAUGGGCUGUCAAAGUCAUCAGGAAAUUCAUCAAAGGUUACAUGACCAGAGGGCAGGCAAAGGUCACUGAUAACUCAGAAUACCUGGCCUUUGUGAAGCAAAGUUACUUGAACAGGCUUAAAGACAAUCUACCAAAGACUGUUCUGGAUAAAACCACCUGGUUGUCUCCACCAGCUGUGCUGACAGAGGCAUCAGAGAUACUGCGUAAGCUUCACUACCGUCUUAUGGUGCGGAAGUAUGUGAAAGGAAUCACACCCCAGAAAAAAGCACAGCUUCAACUGAAGGUUCUUACCAGCUCCAUCUUCAAGGGCAAAAAGGACAGUUAUCCACAGAGUGUGGCUCAACCGUUCAUGGACACCAGAAUCAGUGAAAACGACAUAAAUGCGAGGGUCAUCCAGAUGAUUCGCCAUGAGCACAUAAAGUAUAGUGUCCCAAUAAUUAAGUAUGACAGGAACGGCUUCAAACCAAGGCCACGACAGCUCAUCCUCACCCAGACAGCUGCGUAUGUGAUAGAGAAAGCUAAGAUCAAACAGAGAGUGCUGUACACCGCUCUCAAAGGCAUUUCUGUCAGUAACUUGACUGAUGGCAUGAUUAUUUUCCACGUCACAUGUGAGGACAGUAAACAGAAGGGGGAUGUGGUAAUACAGUGUGACCACUUGUUUGAGCUUUUGACCAAACUCAUGGUCAUUGCUAACAAACAAAAUGCGAUCCAAGUGGUUCAGGGAAGUAUCAAGUUUGAAAUCCCUGCAGGGAGAGAGAGAGCAGUGGACUUCAGCACUGGGCAAGAGCCAAUGGUAUACAAGGGCAACAACGGACAUCUGAUGGUGGUUGCCACUCGAGCUAGGGCCCGGUAACGUGUGCGGCUCAGGAGGAGCUACACAAGAAGCCACUGCAUUUUUCAUCAGGAGACCCCUAUAUAGAGGAUCGUCAUGUCGGCUGGAGACACACCUGAGGAGAAGCACUUUAUGAACCCUGGAUGAGAUGAGCUUGUUGGUUGGACAUCAACACAUAAUUUAUCUAUGCAUAACAGUGAUAAAUCAGAAGUACUGCAACCAGAGUUACAUUUUUAGUCAUUCUGUUUAAGAGUUUGUCUGUUGUUUUGUAAGCAAAGGCUUACAAUGGACUGUAAAUCAUUAAUUUACAAAACUAUUUUAAUGUGCAAACCACAACAUUACUCAAACUGCUUCAAGGAAUCUGUAAAUCUGAUUACAAAACAAUGAAGCCAUACGUAUCAUUAUUUUGUAUGUUCACUGGGAAU